GUAUAGUUCAUAGUCUACAUCUACAAUAUGGCACAAUGUUAUUAUAUAUACAAUGUAUUAGACAUAAAAAUCAUGUAAAUAGUGUGCCAUAUUUCGUAGAUGUUUAGACAACUAUGAAUGACAAAAAUAAGGCUACCAAAACCUUUGUGUGUUCGUAGCAAGUAAUAGCUGCAAAACUUUAUAAGCAGCUCUAUCUUCCAAGAUCUUUUGGAGGACUUUAUUCAAGUGUUCACUGUUACUCAUAGUGUAAAUGACAACAGCAAAAAAAGGGGCAAGCAAAACACGGUCAUUUUCACGACAAAAAAAUAUAAUUACUUCCUUUUUGGCACAAAUUUACACAAAAAUUUGUAAAAUUGUGCGAAUUAUCCAAAGAGAAAGAUGACUCCAAAAAUUAUGAAAUUUUCAUGCUUUCAUUUUUAAGGAGAAUAAUGAUCUAAAAGAAAAAAGUUAUACAUAUAUUAAUACAAUUUAUUUGGAAAUGUAAAACUUUAUGUAUAAAAGAUUUUUAACACGUUAAGCGUGACAUCGGUUCGUGGAACUGACAUUAAACUUUUCGUUUGGGUGGUCGCGGUUUUUAUUUGCGGUCGCCUUUUUAACAUUUUCCUUUUAAUUAUUUUUUGUUUUUACUUAUUAUAGUUGUGCGUUAGCUGCGUCAUUCUCCCUUCUUUGCCCAAACAGAUAGUGAAUACAUUUGUCACUGUAAUCUGUGUAUGUUAUAUUCUGUUUAUAAUUUGUAAUCAAACAACUCGCCGAGAAUGAUUGCCGCUGUGUGCCGCCUAAACGAAAAGCAGAGAAAAAAAUCUCCUUCGCGUUUAACCCAUAAUUAUUAUCAUGAUGAACAGAAGUAUGUAAAAAUAGCUUCACUUGAAAAAGAAUAUGUAAAAAUGAAUCGAUUUAUAUGCACGAUUGUAAUUACUUAUUGAAAUUAUUUAAUAAUCCCUAUAUAUUAGUAAAUGUAGUCAAUACGAUGUAGGCACUGCUACAUUUCGCAUGUUACAUACACUGCCGAAUCUAUUAAUUUUAUUAUUGAUCAUUAUUAUUUAUUGUUUUUAUUGGAAUAUUUUAAUACUAAGGUUUUUGUAACAAUCAAGCAUUCUCUUUUAUUCCUACCUUCCAUUUAGUCUUUAAUCAUAUUCGCAUUAAAAUUAUCAAACUAUUUCAAUUAUCAUAAUUAAACUUUUAUAAUAUACAAACUUAAGUUCAAUUUGAUAAAAUGUAAUUGUAUAUAAAUAUAUAAACAGUACUGGAUUUAAUUUAAGGUACUGUAUCAUAUCAAGAAUGAUAGACAGAAUGUGAGUGCACAAAGAAGUAUGCGUGGAAGGGUUUAUAUAUUCAAUCGCAAUCAUUUAAAAUAGAAAAGAGAAGAAGUUAAUAAUGUAACAUAAUUUUACGACACAUCCUUUUUACAAAAAAAAAAAAAGAAAAUAUUGAAAUUCUUUACUGAAUGAGUGGAUGGUGUCGAUGAGUACAAUAAUUUAGUGAAAGAAUUAACAGAUGUGAAAAAUACUGUAAAUUUAAUGCAACAAAGUACAAAAGCUCUACCUGAACAUAAAAUUAUACUUAUUAUAACAUUCGUUUUGUACACUUUGAUUAUUAAACAUAUGAAAUUUUUAGUCAAAGAGAAGUAUAAGAUUAUAAAUCUUUUGAACUUCUUCCAUAUAUUGCCCUUAUACGAUGUUAUUUUAUUUACAGUUAACAUAUGUUUCAAAUGCAUUAUCCAUUUAUUAAUCGACUGUUAAGGGCAAUGACAUUGUUACUAGAGGCACCAGCAUAUAUUUAACAUUAUGCUUAACUUCUGCAAUGAUAAUAUACUGCGGGUAUUGCAUAUCGGUUGCAUGCAUAUAUAUAAAUGAAGAAGCAGAUUGAUUCUUCCUGAUAUUCCUCUUUGGAAUGUUUUACAGUGUACAAUAUGAUUUUCAUAUUAAAUUUUAUAUUGAUCAUUUUUGUGAUCCUAAUUCAUGGAAAUGAUAUGAAGGAUGUUGAAAUCGUAAUGUUACCAUUAUGGAAUACAGAAAAUGUUAUCGAGGUUCCAUUAGCUUUCAAUGCAUUUGGACAGCUCAUCGAAUUAACAUUGCAUAGAAAUACCAAGAUAAUAGCUCCGAAAUUCCAAGUGUGGAGCUAUAACGAAGAAAACAUUUUGCAGGAGUUAACACAUUUGAAUGAACCAACUCCCUGUCAUUAUCUUCAUAUGGACAGUGUUAGUUCAGCAGCUAUAAGUCUUUGUCAAGAGCGUGGUAUACAUGGUCUUAUCUUUUUGGAAAAUAGUACUUUAGAAAUUACUCCAAUGGAGGAUUUCAAUUCCUUAUCCUUUGAUAAUCAUUUUAUCAGCGAACGUUCGGAAGCUUCUUUAAAAGAGAGAGAACCACACCUUAUAAAAAGAGCUUAUGCUCCUCCAAUAACACAAGAUUAUCGCAUAAGAGAGAACCUCCGAUAUAAAUAUGAUUUAAAUCCACCCACAGCAAAUCAAAUAUCCGACAAAAUGACAAUAAGAAGGGAAACGAAUGGAGAUUUAACGUUAGAAUUAGCUAUUUUCUUUGAUGAAGCUGGAUAUAACAUUUUUUCACCAUUUUUUGAUAAAGACGAUGAAAAAAUUCGUGAUUUCUUAUUAGCGUAUGUAAACGGAGUUCAAGCUCUUUAUCAUCAACCUAGUUUGGGAAAACAGAUUGACAUUUCUCUCGUACGAAUGGAGAUAAUGCAUAAACAACCAUCUGAUUUGCCAAACUUCGACGGUGAAAGAGGUAGUUUAUUAGAUUCAUUUUGCAAUUAUGCAAAAGUUCAUAAUCCUUUAGAUGACAAACAUCCAAAUCAUUGGGAUCUUGGACUCUACGUAUCUGGAUUAGAUUUUUAUGCUAUUGAAGAUGGAAGAAAAAAUACAGCAACGAUGGGCUUGGCUACAGUAGGAGGUAUAUGUAUCGAUCGUUACUCGUGCGUUAUCGCGGAAUUAGGAGUUACGAAUCGCUUUGGAAAACCCUAUCCAUCCGCAGGCUUCACAUCGGUUUAUAUUGCUGCUCACGAAAUUGGACACAACUUGGGAAUGCAUCACGAUUCUACCGGUAACUCUUGUCCAAAGGAUGGUUAUAUAAUGUCACCUAGCAGAGGAGUACAAGGAGAAACGAUUUGGUCAGAAUGUAGUCGCGAGAUAGUACGAAAUUUGCAUCGAAACAAACCAUGUCUGUUGGAUAAAUCGACGUUAAAGGAAGAUCAAUCUUCUCUCGAUCAUGCGCGAUUUCUUGACCUUCCUGGUAGAAAAUGGAAUGCAAAAAAACAAUGCGAGGUAUUCCUCCGUGACAAAGAUGCGAGCGUUGCAACGCAAGAGCAUGACAUUUGUCAAGCACUUCAAUGUAAAACUCCUAAUAGAAGCGGAUAUUAUUUCGCUGGUCCGGCGUUGGACGGUACAAAUUGCGCUACUGGAAGAGAAUGUCGUGCUGGUAAAUGUCUUCCGGCUUUCCAAAUCACGACAGGACCAGGGCCAGGCGAUCCUUUUAUAAAUGAAGGAGGUUGGACAAAUUGGAAGGUAGGACCUUGCAGUAGCGGCUGUUUGCAGAGGUCAACGGGAGCUCGACAAAGGCAUCGUAUUUGUAAUAAUCCGUUGCCAAUUAAUACCGAGGCUGGUUGCGAAGGAUUGCAUUACGACGUACAACUUUGCAAGGACGAUAGACUUUGUAAGAAGAAGCGCAAAACAACGACCGAAUUUGCUACAAUCAGAUGUAUGGAAUUUAGCGAGGUCUUACCGGAAUUGGAUGGAAAAGGAAGAGGGUUGCAGGCUAUUCACGAAUCUGACAGACCAUGGAUGGCGUGUUCUAUAUUCUGUCGUCGAAAAGACAUUAUGUCUUAUUACACGCCGCGUAUAGAAUUAAACGACCUUGGCCUUGAUCCGUAUUUUCCAGACGGUACAUGGUGUCACGAAGAGGGCGGUCAGAAUUAUUUUUGCCGUCAGCAUCACUGUUUGCCAGAGGACUUUAGAUUCGCAAAAAAUAUUUUCCACGAUCAUAAAGAUGAAAAAGAAUUAGGAUUACAAAAUGCUCGUCCGAAUGAACUUAAACUACCGGAUCGAUUAAUCAGAUACUUUAGUUUAGGGUUGGACGGCUUACCGUUAUUGACGUCUUUACCAGUUGACCUUAACUUGCCGCCGAACGAUGACGAAUGGAUAGACAAGGAUUAUAUUGACCUUACAAAAGCCUAGAUUUUCAAUUCAAUAUACUAUUUUACACGAGAGUGCAGACUUACAGCUAAAGGAAAUAUUUUAUAAUGUUUAAAGUGCGUUUUCAAUUGUUUUCUUUUUUAUAAUAAUUAUAUUUACUUA